AUGUUUAGAGAAUUGAAUAAUAGGAUAGUGGACAAAAUGGAGCUCAAACUGAAAGGGAAAUUCACUAUAUAUCAAAUGGGAAUGAUGAUGUGCAAUGAAAAUAGGCCACAUAAAGUCACUUCUGAAUUUUCAAAUUCUUAUGUUGCUUUACAUUAUGAACUAUCAAAAUUGGUGACUCAGUUCAAUGAAGUUUUCGGAUUGAAUAUUUUGCUUCUGAUUAUUAUUUGCAUAAUUGAGCUACUGAUCAGUUGUGAUAUGAUACCAGUGAUGUUGGCAUAUGCAUGUGAUUGCGUGGAAACUGAAGCUAGUAAAAUAAUACCUAUAUCACUGACUUACCUGAAUGAACUACCGCCUCUGCCUAAAAAUUCGGAGGAAAUUGCACUCAAAGAGGAACUUACAACUUUGUUUGAGCAAAGCAGUUUGAGGCCACCCAUCUUCACUGCAGCAGGUUUCUUCACUGUGAAUUACACCAUGCUUGGAUUCAUCAUUGGCAGUGUUACUUCCUAUAUCAUCGUUACAUUGCAGUUGAUUGGAGAUUGAAGAUUUCCUGGUUAACAGGCCAAUCGAAAAGUCUCCGGUCUACCAUAGUAAAACACGUUUUUUCGGCAAAAUUCGAUUU